AUGGAGAGUGUCAGUCCGGAGACUAGGACAUUUGAUGACCUGGACCUCGGUGCGUAUGGGCUUCUGUCUGAGCGUCACGCCACCUGUCAGGCCUCCCAGAGGUCAGUGAGGGAGAUCCAGGAGCGGAUCGCAGCCCUGGUGCUGAGGCACAGCCGGGCCCAGGUAGGGCAGCUGGACUCUGGGGAGAAGGAGGCCGCAGACAGGCCUCUGCAGCUCUCCUCCAGCAGAGAGGGCUCUGCUGAUGCUGAGCAAAGGCCUGAGGAGCAGGAGACCCUGCUCUCUCUGUCGACCAAGAUGUCAGAACACCAGAAACAGCUGGCUGACCUGCCGAACACAAUCAAGAUGUAUCCUCACCCCGAUGUUGUUGAAUGCUGUCUGGUUCUCCUGCACAUCAGCAAGUCUUCGUCUCUCUCAGAGUCGCUCCAACAAAAGGCCAAAGAUCUGCUCCGCAAAUACGGAACAAAUCCCUCCGUCCUCAAAACUGCUCAGAAAUUCCUUACCUGAAUCUUUCAUUUAAAGACUGAAAGAAGCACUUCCUUUGUACAGCAUUCUUUUUUUGUUGAGUAAAAAUAAACUUUGAUUCUACUUCCAGAAAAGCCUGAAAGUCUUCUGUAAGAGCUGCAUGCCCAUUUUCUGUCAGUAUUUUGGACUUCGAGCAAAAGAUGUGGUUAAACUGCCCAACACUAACGGUUCAAACUGUUAUAAAUUGAUAGGUAAUUAUUUAAACAUGCUUCCAGCUGCUUGUCUUGUGUAAAGAUUUGAUGCUUUGCUCUAGUGUUUCAAUAAAUGUUAUAUAUCCUUGGGCAGUGAAGGUCGUGUGGCUUUACAAUUUAUGGCAUGAGAUUUUACUGACAAAACAAAUAUGUAAAAAGAUGGAAACUAUUUGGCAUUUUUAUGCUUGAUAAAUUGUGCACAGAAAGUUGAUGCAUGUUCUGUCUUGUGACUGAUUAGUCUAAUUGUUGAAGCCCUAGUUUUUUAUUUGAAAUGCGAGAUUGCAGACAUGUUUGGGUAAAUCUUGCAUUACGUCUCCUUUACUUGAAAAGCCAUUGAAACAAAUGUUAAACAAGCUGCGUGUCAGUGUGCUGGUCAAAAAGAUUGAAUACUUAACGUUUACAUUCAAAAUACAAAACAAUUUAAUAUACAACUGUUUAAAACAAUGUAGAAUGUAAAAACAACAGCAACCACAACAUCUGUAAACCUGGUGGUGGACAGUUUGUCAUGGUGGGUGAAUGUACAGAACCACAGUAGUUUCCCAUUGAGACA